AUUAUUAUUUAGUUGUCAAAUUGAUACGGAUUGUGAUAGUUGUGUGAAAAUUUAAAAAUUAAUAGUGCGAAUUGCGAUCGUUCCGAUUUAUUUAAUCGUUAAAAAAUGAGUGUUGAUUUGGAGUUUGAUUAUGAUGCCGCUACGGCCGCUAUGGAUAUAUUUUCACCAGAACACAUAGAGGAAUUACGGGAAUGGACACAAAAAUUGGAUAAAUCAAAAUACGUGCCGAAAGAUUUAUCAAAUAAACAACUUCUUUUAUUUUACAACGCUUGCUAUGGUGAUAUUGAAAAAACGAAGACAUGUAUAGAGAGAUAUUAUAAUUUAAGGAAGAAUACACCAGAUAUUUUCGAUAACAGACUACUGGGGCUGGAUGAUGUGAAGGCGACUGCUGAAGCUUUAGAGUACUCCGUGCUGCCGGGCAAGUCGUGCAAGGGCUACGACAUAAUAUUCCACAGACUAUACAACACUGAACCCUCGAAGUACUUCCUCGAGCCGGCCUGCAAGCUGCUCUUUAUGACUGUGGAUGCCUGUUUAUAUAAGAGAGGUCCACAGCCUGGUUAUAUAUUCCUGUUUGAUAUGCAAGGGGUCAGACUGGCGCAUUUGACGAGGAUAAGCUUGUCCUUUCAAAAGGAUAGACAAAGGUCGCUACGUAAAUUCUUUCAAUACGUGCAAGAAGCGAUGCCGGUCCGAAUGAAGGAGAUACAUGUGUUGAACACUGAGCCCGUGGUCGAUAAGCUGAUGAUGCUAAUUCGACCUUUCUUGGAUAAGAAGUUCUUUGAUAUGAUAAAAUUCCACCACAAGAACGAGGACCUAGAAAGUUUCUAUGAAACAGUCAUCCCCCGUACCUCCCUCCCUCCAGACUACGGGGGCUUACUCCCGGACACGAGGACGCUGCAUAUGAAGUGCAUACAACAACUUAAAGAUAUGGAAAAUUACUUCACAGCCGAAGAACAGCAAAGGGUCAACGCCCUACCUGAUAAGAAACGGGAAAAACAUAUGGAAAAGGCGUUCAAGAAUUUGGAUAUUGAUUAGUUUGAAACGCGACGGUUGGAACGCAGCGUUUGGAUCGCGGCGUUUCAAACGCGGCGGUUGUUGUAUGUGAUGAUGACAUAGAUAUAUAUAUUCCUAAUUAUAUAGUAGUGCUUGUUAGUGUCUGGCGCUGAAAGUGCGUUUUUAGCUAAGUUGUGGUAUGUACGGCUAUAAGCAGGCGGUAAAACUCAAGAAAUUUAUUUAUUCAAAGGCAAAUUUAAACUUUAUUGACAGAACAGUUUUAUUUACUAAUUUAUUUAGUAUUUUGUUAUAUCAGAUGCUCUCUAUUGCUCAAAGGUCUUCCAUUUGGUACAUUUGUGUUUGUAAUUACCAUUUUGUUUUAUUAAUCAACUAAAAUGUAAUUUAUUUAUUUUCUUUUAUUAUUCAUUAAGAGCUAGCGCGCAAGAGCAACUUUUGUCUCCGCAACUAUUUUGUCUCUCCCAUCAACUCCAUAGGAAGUUGCGUCACUACGUGCGUACACUUUCUUACUAGCCCAUAGAGUUGAUGGGAGAGACAAAAUAGUCGCGGAGACAAAAGUUGCUCUUGCGCGCUAGCUCUUAAACUAUAAAAAUAACCGUCUUUCAUGUUUGUUGUCACUCAAAAUUCAAACAGUGUUCUAUUUACGCGGGAAAGAAAUAUGACGUCAUAAUAAUAUUCAGGAUUCCAAUUUCGAAACAAAGUCAAUUAAUGCUAAUGUUGCCAUAGCGCUGUGUUAGAUGUUAAUUAUAGGCUAAAAUACACGCAUAGAGUACAAUUAUUACGAUCUGCACUAUAGAUUACAUAAGUGUGUUUAGAAAUUCAUAAAAUGUGUAUUUGUCCGUUCGUUUGCUAGUCAGGUACGUCAUCCUAUACAUUAUACAUAUUUUUAUACAAAAAUUACAUGACAUAAUUAUGUAAAGAAAAGUAAAAGUGGCAGUUGUACAAAUUUUAUCAUAAAAAUCAUAAAAUAUGAUAUAUUAAAUAAAAUAUAUAUUUUUUAUUCCCGCUAGAUAGCCUGAUAUAGCAGCUAUGUACUUAAUUUUAAGUAAUAUACAAUUUAUGUGACAUCACUUUGGUCUACUUAAGGGUUUGAUGCUGUUUUAAAACUUAUUAAGUGGUUAUGUUAUUAAUUUAUAUUUUAUAUUAUAGAGUGCGAGUUGAAUCCCUUGCAAUUGUCAAAAAUGUUUCAUAUUGGUAGCAUAGAAGUUACCACUGUUAAACAUUUGAUGACUGAUAUUCUUGGCUGAUAUUGAUCAGUGAAACAGAUGUGCAUUUGCCCUUUUUAUGUGUUACUAUAAAAUAGCAUUCCAUUUAGUAAACCGUUUUAAAAGUCUUGAUAAUGAUUAGGUGCAUUGCGGUAAUUCUGAAUUACGGGAUAAAUAAAAUAAUGUGAAAUUAAUUCGCAACUAUCAUUGAUAAAACAAAUAUGAAUGCUAUUGUUAUCAAACCUAAAGAUUUCAAUAUCUUCACAGUUCACAAUAAAAAAAUUCCGAAACAACUCACUUCCGAAAUUCCAAUGCACUAUAAUAGACUCUAUUUCUAGUAUAACAUGCAUGGGUAUCAAAUAUAAAUAA